AUGUUGUUUGAUUGCGUCUUUCCUCCUUUUAUUUUUUUUAUUUCUCCCUCCAUACCAACACCUCUCUCUUCCCCUUGUCUUCUUGCCCCCCCCCCAGUUGUCUCUCCUCGUCUUUGUUUCUCCCUCUCUCUGUGUUUGUGGGGUUUCUGUCCCCUUCCUGCUGCAAAGCUGGAUUUCCUGCAGGUGAAGAAUCUUAAGAGGAAGAGGAAGAGCAACUACAGUGUGAAAGAAACACAGAUUCUCAUCAGGGAGAUUCACAAGAGGAGGGACGUGUUGUUCUCCAGACAGCAGAACACAGCCAUUAAUGAGCUGAAGAGACAGGCAUGGGAGGAAGUUGCACGAGGUGUCAAUUCGCUGGGGGAGGGAGAGCUACGCACUGCUGCUGAAGUGAAGCGUCGCUACCUGGACUGGCGUUCACUGAUGAAGAGAAAACAGCUUCAGGCUGAGCUCUCCCUCUCCUUCUCCUCCUCCUCAUCCUCGUCUGUGGCCCUGAAGACUGAGUAUGAUCAGUCCUCCCCUGAGCACGAGGCAGCUUCUGUGGGUUCUGGGUGUGACCAGCUGCUCGACCUCUCAGGCCUCCCAAAGGAUUGUCACUGCGACUGGCCGGAGCUGGCGGCUUUCGGUGAGCUGAGUGGGCAGGCCAUGAUGGCACCGCCGGGUGUGAAGAUGGAGGACGACGUCAGAGAAUACAGAUUGGAUGGUGAUUGUGAUGUGGGAGAUGGAGAAGGAGAAAUAGAUGAAGAUGAUAUUCCCUCCCUCCUCAGCGACAUCGAGUGUCGUGGUGAGGGGCAUGUUGGUGAUGUUUACUCCCACAACGACUCGGGCAUGCUCAGCUCCUCCAAGGCUCUGACCUCCACCUUCACCAGAGACCUACCACUCGCUGGUGACCUGGUGGGGAUGCCAGCCCAUGCUCUGGGUGGACUAACCAAUCAUGAAAAUGUGGGAGCGGGGUUUCUGGCUGCUGUUGAGAAACAGCGGCUGGAGCUGGAAAAACAGCGCCUGGCUGUGGAAACUGAACGCCUGGCGGUGGAGAAAGAGCGGCUGGUGGUGGAAAAGGAGCGGCUUCGUCAGAUGGAGGUAGAGAGGGAAAGGCUGCAGCUGGAGAGAGAGAGGUUACAGGUGGAGAGGGAGAGGCUGAGGCUUCUGCUCCUCAGCCAAACAGAGCAUGUGGACUCCUCCUUUAACCUGCCGCCACAACAAGGCCCGCCCUCGUCCUCCACGUCUUCUUUAUCUUCUAGUCAUGAUGGACAGAGGGACAGAGAGAAAGAAAGUAAAGGCUGGAGGUCAGUGGUGGAUCUGGAGACAGAGAGGCUAAAACUAGAGAAGGAGAGGCUGCAGCUGGUGAAAGAGAGGCUGCAGUUCUUCAAAUUUGAGGCCAGCAGACUGCAGAUUGAGAGAGAGCGCCUCCAUGUGGAGAAAGAGAGAAUGCAGCUGCACAAAGAUCAUCAGGGCCACUGAGAGAAGGACUGAUAAGAGAGAGAGAAAGAGGACGGUUGAAAGAGAUGAAUACAUUUUUCACCAGCUUCCAGGGGGAACUUUUAAUACUGAAAACAACCCAGAAUAUGUGGAUUUACAUCCCUUAUCAAGUUUCCCCACACACAUGUCCUUCAGGAAGGUGUGAGGCACUUUAAUGUUCAUUCCAGAUUGGAAUUUGGCCAAGGAGAAGACUGAGAUGGAGGGCUGGCAUAUUUAUGACCACCACGAUAAAGCUGUGCCUUAUGAUGUCUUCAUUAAAUGGGUGACAGGACAGAAAAGAUGCCAUGAUAAUAAAAUCUAGGAUUUGUUUGGCACACGCAGCUGCUUAGCCCUGAACAUAUUUGAUUUAUAAAAUGCGACAAGUUUUAACAGCUGUUCAGUGCCCCAUCCAAAUACACUAAUGCA